CAGCGUAACAUGUCGAGAAGGUGUUAAGCACUACUAGUGUUUUAUAGCAAUACUAAAAAACGGAAAGACACUAGCGAAUCACACUUAAACUAUAAAACAAAAUCUAAUAAUAAAUUUCACCAAUAAAAUAUCACAUUGUAGUCCGAAAAUCUUGGCUAGUUAAAGUAGAAAACCUAUGUAAGAGUUUUAUCAAGUAGUUUAAGAAGGAAUUGAGUUUGGUUUAAAACGACGUAGUUUUUGGCUUUGUUUUGGUUUCUCUUUUUCCCUUCCCAGUCACAAACUCGCCCCCAAACCAACUCGUCCGACUCACUAACUCACUCUCUCUCGGUCGCCAUGGCCGACCUUCCUCUACAGAAGAUAGCAAUAUCAGGCCCAACCCUAGCGUCUCUCAUUCAACGCUUCUCAUUCUCCCCAGGCGCAGUCGACGGUCUUCUAUUCGGCCACGUCACACACAUAACUCCCUCCAAUCUCUCCGAUGACUUCCCUUCCACCACUACUCCGACCUCUGAUUCUUCUCCUCUGGUCGCCACUGUCACCGGAUUCAUCUGCUCAGGGACUAUCAACAGUUUCUACGACUCCACCGGAAGAAUCGACUCUCAGGCUCUCAAUCGCCUUCUCGCCGGUUCAGACCAACAUCGCACGCUCAUUGGUUGGUUCUCCGGUCGAAGAAAAACCCAGCUUCGACCUUCAAUCCGUGAAUUCUGUGUCUCGGCUUCUCUUUCCUUAAAGACUGAUCUUUCUAUCCCUAUCGUAGACAAUCCGAUCGCCGCUAAUCUUGCCUCGUGUGUCUUCAUACUCUUUGGUACUCCGUUUCUUGACCAACCCAUUCAUACCCACGAGUACAGGGGUUACCAGUUUCGGACAUUAGCUCGAUCUUUUGAGCCCAAAUCGAUCGACAUUGUCAACAUUGGGCCUGCGUUUCGAGGAAAUUACGGUUCUUUCAGUCCCAACUCGCCGUUUCCUCUCUUGCCCUGUGAGCUGAGGACUUCGCCUAUGAGCGAGGACAGGAACGAUGAGAGUUUGGGUCAGAGGAAACAGGUGUCGAAGAUUCAGAGGGAAUUGGAUGUGUGUGCCCAGGGUUUGGAGGUUGGGGAACUUAGUAAACUAAUGGGGUCUCAAGCCAUGAAUUAUACAAGUGGUGUUGAGGACAUGUAUGAGAAAAUGCUUGCAAAGAUUGAGAAUUUGGCUAGUCUUGUGGAGAAGAGCUCAGCUAAUGUUCUUGAACAGGAAAAUCAUAAUAGGAAGUUAAAGUCCAAAAUUGCUAGGUUUCCUGCGAUGGAAUAGGUGAUUGGCUCUUACUUCUGCCUUUCGUUUUGGUCUUAUCAAAGACAAGUGUGAUCAGAUAUUGUUGUUGAUGAGCUAAGUAGUUCGGGAAUCGGGACUUUGCACCGGGUACAAUCGGACGUUUUUGGCACCUUUUAGGACAAAAAUAUCAAGAAACUGCAGGAACUUACUUACAUUAUCUCAAAGUUCAGCUAUUUCAGAUAAACAAUUUUACCCUUGAAUUUGAAGGUAAGGAUAACCCUCGUACUGCCUUCUUCUUCUUCAUCUUCGUCCAAGUACAUCUGCAGUUUCCUUCACCAUCAUCAGUCCUAUUGUAUCAUUCAUGCUUUUGCUAUUUUCUUCAGACUUAGAAAUUAAUCUGUAUUAUAUAAGAAGAGGAGAAAGAAAGCUAGCUAUAAUGUACACUGUUUUGGUCUCAUUGUAUUCCUUUUCUUAUUAUCAA